AUGGCAACAAUUCAAUGUUUAUCAGUCUUGAAUGAUGAUGAUAUUAUAAAAUUUAAUAUUGGUGGUGAAAUUUAUUCAACAAAACGUUCGACAAUUAAUCAAAAUGUUGAUUCACAAUCAUAUUUAUCUUUAAUUAUAAAAAAUCAAACAGAUAUUCAAUUGGAUACUCAUGGUCGAUAUUUUAUUGAUCGUGAUGGAAAAUAUUUUCGUUAUAUAUUAAAUUAUUUUCGUGAAAGCAAUCUUUUAUUACCAGAAAAUUUUACUGAAUUAAAUCAACUACUUUCAGAAGUUAAAUUUUAUGAAAUCGAUCGACUUCGAAAUGAAAUUGAAAAUCGUUUAAAUCGAACAAAUGAAAAAAAACAACAGAUUUCAACGAAUUUUUCAGUAACUUUAUUUUCAAAAUUAAAUCAAAAUAAAAUUCUAUUAAAAUUAAUUGCUCCAUUAAAUCUACUCUCUAUUUUUCAUAUACAAUUAAUUGGAGAAAAAUUUUUAAAUAUUAUUUCAUCAUUUAAUCAUCCACAAAAUAUUUUAUGUCAAUUUACAUUUCCAUUUGAAGAGAAACUUAUCUCAUGUCAACCAUUGGAUCAAUUACAACGUUUUGUAUUGACUAAACAAGCGAAAAAGAUGGGUUUAAUUGUUAGUUAUUGUGAUGAUUAUUUUUAUAUACCCAUUAAAUAUGACAUAGUCUCUCGGGAUGAAUUAGUACAAUUAUUCUCUAAAAGAUACAAUGGACAGUUAUUAAAUACAACUAUCACACAUGAUGAUUCAUAUAUUCUUGUUGAAAAUUGGCUUCUAUCAACAGAAUUUGAAGAAACCUAUUCAAAUACAAGCAUAAAAAAUGUACAUUAA